CACGUUAUUAGGCACUGAGUAUACAAGUACAAAGAAUGAAAUGACUUUCACUCACAAUGUUCAUAUUCUUUCUUGAAGUCGUUACUUCCCACAUCCCUUUCCCUGCUUCAUAUUCCCUAAUUUGUUUUCAUUCUCCCCUCUCUCCCCUUACGUGGGCCCUCUUCAGAGCAGGCUCUUCAGAGGAACGACCAAAGGCUGGACUUAAAUCAAUGAAGAACUGAGACCCUUGAGGCCACCUCACCACAAAGAAUGUGGAAAGCCUAGUGAUUCCUCAACAAAGAACUCCCUCCUCCACCCUACUGCCCAAACACACAAUCACACCAAACCCCUGGGAAACCGACGCCAAGGCCUGGCUCCCAAACUCCCAUGCCACCCUCUAGGCACCCCUCGAAGCACAUUCUUGCCUACACUGACCCCCUCAAUUUUUAUUCUUGCCUAUAUAAUCUCCUAAGGUCGUUCCCAUAGUUCACUCCUGCCCACUCUGGUUCUGAGACCCCUCAAGUUCACUCCUCCCUGACUCGCAUCUGAGAACCCUCCCCAAAUUCACUCUUGCCCGCUUCGCAUCUGGGAGCUCCCCCAAACCGCACCCCUUCCCACAACAGCUUCAAGACUCUCUCUAAAACUGAUUCCUGCCCACGCUGGCUUGCGCACGCCACCCACCCGGGAUAUAUAUUUAAAAAAAAAAAAAAGAUUCGAUGGCAUCCUCCUGGGCGCCGGUUGCAGCGCUUGCCGCCCCGGGCAGGCGGGCGAGCAGGCGAGCUGGCGGGCGGCUAGGGCGGCUGCAAACCCGCUUCCUCCUGACUGGUGUCAGAUGACUGUGUAAAGAUGGCCGAAGGGGAGGCUGGCGGCUCCCCGGACGUGGAUCCGCGGGAAGACUUUGAGAUCAUCGACCGGACCCAGAUCCCCCCGGCGAGCGAGCUGCGCGGCGGGGCUGGGGGCAAGGCGGCGGCCGGGGACGACGCCGGCUGGUCGCACCCCUUCUUCUCGCUGGCCAGGAAGGCGUCCGAGAACUUGUCGGUGAGCUGCGGCCACGCGCUGCGCUCCGCAGCCUCGUCCGCCGGGCUCCGCAGCAGACUCCCAGGCAGCGGCGGCGGAGACGGCCCCGCCGGCCCAGCUGCUAAAUGCCAAAUGAUGGAAGAACGCUCCAACCUCAUGAAUAUGAUGAAGCUGAGUAUUAAAGUCUUGAUCCAGUCAGCCCUGAGCCUAGGUAGAAGCUUGGAUGCAGACUACGCCCCUUUGCAACAGUUCUUUGUGGUGAUGGAGCACUGUCUCAAACAUGGCCUGAAAGUUAAGAAGAGUUUUAUUGGCCAAAAUAAGUCUUUCUUUGGUCCCCUGGAGUUGGUGGAGAAACUUUGUCCGGAAGCAUCAGAUAUAGCCACUAGUGUUAAAAAUCUGCCAGAGUUAAAGACAGCAGUGGGAAGAGGAAGGGCUUGGCUUUACCUUGCACUCAUGCAAAAGAAAUUGGCAGAUUAUCUGAAAGUGCUUAUAGAUAAUAAGCAUCUCUUAAGUGAAUUCUACGAACCUGAGGCAUUGAUGAUGGAAGAAGAAGGAACAGUAAUUGUAGGUCUGCUGGUAGGACUCAAUGUUCUCGAUGCCAACCUCUGCUUAAAAGGAGAAGAUUUGGACUCUCAGGUUGGAGUGAUCGAUUUUUCCUUGUAUCUUAAGGACGUACAGGAUAUCGAUGGUGACAGAGAACAUGAAAGAAUUACUGAUGUCCUUGAUCAAAAGAAUUAUGUCGAAGAGCUUAACAGACACUUAAGCUGCACUGUUGGGGAUCUCCAGGCCAAGAUAGAUUGUCUAGAAAAGACCAAUUCAAAACUUCAAGAAGAGCUUUCAGCAGCUACAGAUCGGAUUGAUUCACUUCAAGAAGAACAGCGACAGUUAAAAGAACAAAAUGAAUUAAUCCGGGAAAGAAGUGAAAAGAGUGUAGAGGUGACAAAACAGGAUACAAAGGUAGAGCUUGAGACCUACAAACAAACCCGACAAGGCCUGGAUGAAAUGUAUAGUGAUGUGUGGAAACAGCUGAAAGAGGAAAAGAGAGUGCGAAUGGAACUAGAAAAAGAACUGGAGCUGCAGAUUGGAAUGAAGGCAGAGAUGGAGAUUGCAAUGAAACUGCUAGAAAAGGACACACACGAAAAACAAGACGCGCUAGUCGCUCUUCGCCAACAACUGGAGGAAGUCAAAGCAAUUAACUUGCAGAUGUUUCAUAAGGCUCAGAAUGCAGAGAGCUGUUUACAACAGAAGAAUGAAGCAAUCACAUCUUAUGAAGGAAAAACCAGUCAAGUAAUGUCUGCCAUGAAAGAAAUGGAAGAGAGAUUACAGCACUCUGAAAAGGCCAGGCAGAGGGCUGAAGAGAGAAACAACAAACUGAAGCAAGAAUUUGGUGGCAAAGUUGAAACCCUGCAACAGCAACUGUCCCAGUUGGACAAACAAUGCUCAAGUCUCGAGAGAGAGCUGAAAUCAGAAAAAGAGCAAAGGCAAGCUCUUCAGAAAGAGUUGCAACAAGAAAAAGAUACCGCCUCUCUGCUCAAAGCUGAGUUGCACCAGGUAGAAGGGUUGAAAAAGGAACUUCAGAAACUCUAUGAGAAGAAAGAAGAAUUACAGAAGAUUUGUGAAGAACAGGAACAAGCCCUGCAGGAAAUGGGACUGCACCUCAGCCAAUCAAAGCUGAAGAUGGAAGAUAUAAAAGAGGUCAAUAAGGCACUAAAGGGUCACACCUGGCUAAAAGAUGAUGAAGCAACAUACUGCAAACAGUGUGAGAAAGAGUUCUCCAUCUCCCGGAGGAAGCAUCACUGUCGGAACUGUGGACACAUUUUUUGUAACACAUGUUCAAGCAACGAACUCGCACUGCCAUCCUACCCAAGGCCUGUACGUGUGUGUGAUGCCUGCCACACCCUCCUCCUUCAGAGAUAUUCAUCCAGUUCUUCGUAGGGGUCAUGAAAGCUAAAAAGGCUGUAAGUUAGCUGCAGAGCAAAUGAAUUUCUGCCUCCGAACAAGAUUGGGAAUGUGAAUUUUGCAGUAUUUCUAAUCAUUCUAAAGAAACGUUCCUGGCAAUUUAACUAUUUGUCAUUCAGGAAAAGAGCAAAGGAAGGCCUUAGAACAGUAACCAGAUCCUGUUUGUCCUUACUGUUAAUGCAAUCUGUAUGUUACUAAUUGUACGGGGGGUUUGUGAGAGCAAAGAAGAAAAAAAGGUUCAUAAACAGGGCUUCAUCUAUUUUAAUGUACUUUAAUUGUUCUUCAAUGUGCCGAAAUAUUGAGGUAUGCUUUUUUUAUGGUCUAGAUUUUUUUUCUCUGUUUAAAAUUUCCUAUUUCUUCUUUGCUCUCUUGACUUUGGUCCUCUUCAGAAUGGUUGUUUUUCUGCACAAUGAAUCUCAAGAUUUUGCUACUGUAAUUUUUCACUUGUAAAAUAAUCAACAUUAUUUGGGACUGUGGGUGUGUACAGCUACAGAUUUUUUUUCAUCUUUGAAGUCUUUUCUGAUUCAUGUGUCUCCAGGAAAAUGGAUUUCCUCCCUUUGAGCUAAAAUAAACAUCAAGGUUUGCUUCUCGUGUCCAUAGGAUACAAUAAAAGCUUUUGAUCUGUG